GAGCUCUCACCAGACAUGUCAGGCAACAGGCGAGAACGAGCAGAAAAUUACAAUCCAGCUACGACGCCGAAGUACCUCAAUGAUUUCAGCAAGGCCCUCGCGAGCGAAGUCCGUAUCCUGCUCGAGGAAGUGGGCAAGCUGCGCGACGAGCGCCGCGCGUUGCAGUUCGAGAUCGCAGAGCUGAUGAGCAUGAAGUCGAAGCACGGCGCCGGCGGCGAGUACUCGCCCGACUGGAGGCCCCGAGAAGCAGAAGCCUCCCCGCCGCCUCCGCCAGCCCCCGAGCCCGCCCCGGUCAUCGAAGACCCCGCGCCCCCGCGCGAAGCCAAGCCCGGCUGGCGCGUGGUCCCCCCCAAGCGCGAGCGGCGCCGGCACGCCCAGCAACAAGCCGCCGUCCCAGCCAGCCCUCCGCCGCCGCCGCCGCCGGAGCCGCCGAAGCCGAACCUGCCUUCCUGGGCGCAGUGGAGACCCAAUCCGCUCCUGGCUGCACCGAUACCCCAGGCCCCGGCCCCGUCUUCCCCGGGCCCGGUCGUGCAGCGCCGUGGUCUUUUUGGCCCGCCGAGCCCUCCUCCCCAGUGAUCAACGAUUCAACCUUAAUGCAGCAUCGGCAUAAAGAGAUAAUCUCAAGCUCAACUCACGUAUUAUCGUAUCUAUAUCGAAUCUAGGGCAUCUCGUCAUCCAUCAAGGUUUUCUUGUCCUCUUGUACAUAGUGUAACAAGCGUGCUUGCUUUCUUCAGGCUUUAGGAUUUUCUUCUUUGAGUUUGCUUUCGUCCGACCCAACCAAUCAAUGUAUGUAUGUAUGUAUGACCUCAGUAUGAAUAGAUUAGCGUGUAGGAUACAUGCUCUGCAA